CUUCCGCCCUCAUCAUGGGCCCAGAUGGGAGGGGCUGAAUUGCAGCGAAGGCACGCUGUCUCUUCGUCACUUCCGGAGAACCCAUCAGCAACAACGGCAACAUGGCCUUGAAUGGCGCUGAAGUCGACGAUUUCUCCUGGGAGCCUCCGACUGAGGCGGAGACGAAGGUGCUGCAGGCGCGACGAGAGCGGCAGGAUCGCAUCUCCCGGCUCAUGGGCGAUUAUCUGCUGCGCGGUUACCGCAUGCUGGGCGAGACGUGUGCGGAGUGCGGGACAAUCCUCCUCCAAGACAAACAGCGGAAAAUCUACUGCGUGGCUUGUCAGGAGCUUGAUUCAGACGUGGAUAAAGAUAAUCCAGCACUGAAUGCCCAGGCUGCUCUCUCCCAAGCUCGGGAGCACCAGCUUGCCUCUGCCACAGAGCCACCCUCAGGCUCUCGACUCACAGCCCAGCCCCCAGUGCCUCGGCCAGAGCACUGUGAGGGAGCUGCAGCAGGGUUAAAGGCAGCCCAGGGGCCACCCCCUCCUACUGUGCCUCCAGAUGCAGACGCGGUGGCUUGCACACAGACAGCCCUCCUGCAGAAGCUGACCUGGGCCUCAGCUGAGCUGGGCUCUAGUGCCUCCCUGGAGACUAGCAUCCAGCUGUGUGGCCUUAUCCGGGCCUGUGCUGAGGCCCUACACAGCCUGAAGCAGCUGCAACACUAACCCUGUCCUCACUCCCCCCAAAAAAGAUCCUGUAGAAAAACUGCUA